AUGCUCUGCCUCCGAAGCUCCAUCCUCAUUUCCCAUCUCCUCUCGUCUGCCGCCUCCCCCAUUUACCAUCUCCACCGGCUCGUCUCCGCCGCCGCGCACCCCCUUCCCCCAAACCCUAUGACCUUCGCUUUCCAGGAGUACCUCGUCGACAGGUGCGGCCUCACCCAAGCGCAAGCCCUCAAGGCCUCCACCAAGCUCUCCCACCUCAAGUCCCCCGCCAAGCCCGACGCCGUCCUCGCUUUCCUCGCCGGCCUCGGCCUCUCCAGCGCCGACGUCGCCGCCCUCGUCGCCAGGGACCCCAGGUUCCUCUGCACUGGCGUGGACAAGAUCCUGGCCCCCAACGUCGCGGGGCUCAUGGCUCUGGGCCUAUCGCGUUCCGAGGUCGCCCGCCUCGUCCCGCUCGCCACCCCCAAGUUCCGCUGUAGAUCCAUCGUCUCAAAGCUGCAUUACUACCUGCCUCUGUUCGGGUCCGCGGAGAAUCUCCUCCGGGUGCUCAAGUACUCCGACUACCUCCUUGACGGCGACCUCGAUAGGAUGGUCAAGCCUAACGUCGCGUUCCUGCGAGAGUGCGGGAUAGAUGCUGUUGGUAUUUCCAAGCUAUGCCUCACUGCGCCACGGAUACUUGGCACCAAACCGGAACACAUCCGGGCGAUGGCGGCGCUUGCCGAAGCUAUAGGUGUGCCCUGUGGCUCCGGGAUGUUCAGGCUAGCGCUGCAGGCUGUAGCAUUCUCCAGCCAGGAGAAGAUUGCGGUCCGCGUGGAGUGCUUGAAGAACACAUUCGGGUGGUCAGAUGCUGAGGUGGGCAUUGCUGUUUGUAAGUUUCCAAUGUUGCUGAAAAUGUCCAAGGACAACCUGCAGAGCAAAUCAGAGUUUCUUCUCUCUGAGGUGGAGUUGGAACCGGCGUACAUUGCUCAUCGGCCGUCAAUGCUUGGUCUUAGCCUGGAGGGCCGGCUCAGGCCGCGGUACUACAUUGUCAAGUAUCUUAAGGAAAAUGGAUUGGUCAAGUGCAACCGAGACUACUAUAGUACAUUAAUAUUCAGCGAGAAGGCAUUUGUGGACAAGUUCAUAUGCCCUCACAAGGAAGCUGCGCCAUACCUCUCUGGAGACUAUGCAGCAGCAUGCAGAGGGGAAAUACCGACUAGAUACAGAUCUUCAUGAACCAAGAACGGACUAUGAAAGUUGGUAACGGGGAAUGGCGCAACAAGAUUUAGAUCUGUGCUGUAAGCUGGCAAUUCAUGUUUCAUUGUUCUUCGCCUGGCAAUGUGUUGGCUGUCCUCUAUUGUAU